GACCAGGCUUGAAUUACCCCUACAGCUACAUUUGGUACCAUCCACUCACAGCAGUUGUUGAAAGGUUUAGAGUUUAGACAGCUAAGCGUAAGCUCUGUUGAAGUUGGCUGGCUGGACAAUGGACCCGAAACAAUGCCAUCCCGUCAGUCUGAUGUCAACAUGCGGCAGUUGCAUCUAAACACUGCAUCUCUCGGAACCCUAGAACCCCCAACAAGCACGAUCCAGAUGCGACUCGACCCUGGAUUUGCAGCACACAAGCAACGCCAUGACCACGAUUCACCAUCCUCUCUCCAGCCUUGGCCCCCUCCACCCGGCUCAAGCACCCACCAUCACCCCCGCAGCCCCCGUUGCUGAGCGCAUCCGCAUCACCGUCCACGAUCCGCACGACCACGAGGCCCCCGCCAUCCUGCACCGACCACGCAGUUACAAUGCCCGCGAAGUCCGCGGUGCAGCCGUGAUCCUCAUCAGUGGAGCAGGAGGCGGAGUGAGCGGUCCUUCUGGAUUCUACCCUUCCCUGGCCGACAAACUCACCCUCCACCUUUCCAUCCCCGUGGUACGCCUCGACUACCGCGAGCCAGCCAGAACCCGCUACUGCACCGCCGAUGUCGUCGCCGCAAUGAACUAUCUCAUCCAGCAGUAUCAAUCCACCCGCUUCGUCCUGGUGGGAUGGUCCUUCGGCGGCAGUCCGUGCUUCACCGUCGCCGCACGGGAACCCGAGCGCGUCGUGGGCGUGGCGACGGUUGCGUCGCAGACGGCCAUGACCUCGGGGAUCUCGAAGCUCAGUCCCCGGCCGCUAUUGCUGCUGCAUGGGACCGGAGAUACCGUGCUGUCGGUCAGGUGUUCGGCGGCGCUGUACGGGCAGUAUGGUUCCGAGGGAGGUAGUCGGGAGCUGAAGACGUUUCCUGGGGAUGAUCAUGGAUUGAGUCAGAAUGCGGAGGACGCAGAGCGGUUCAUCCUAAUGUUUGCGGGGAGGACGUUGGGGUUUCACGAUCAGUUGAGGGGGGUUGGUGGUGGAGAUGGAGGACUGGAGAGAAGCUGGGCUGGGGGGUGGAAGGAGAGGUUGCAUUCAAUGCAGGAAGGGAGAGAUCUGGAGAACGGGGAGGCUGUAAACUAUUAGAGCCUGGUCUGAACUUGUACACAAACUGUUGAUAGAUGACGUAGAUAAGUGGGAGU